AUGGCCAGCUAUAGUCGACCGGUAGGGCCGUAGUCUGGAGGGUCAAUAAAGCGUUUACGGGCGGUGUGACCGAGCACUAUCUUGGGAGUUUUGUUGGCAUGUUAGCACAUCGCUAGGACCAUUGUUUGUUGUUUUAGUACUUUAGGUACCGUAUUUGACAAGUGUUAGAAUUAAAUUAUAUUUAUUUAGAAUGCUAUGUCCGGGUCCAUGGACUUCGGGUUUUCAUCUCAUACCUCACUGAACGAUUACACUGUCGCUCACCCCUCUUUCUUUCCUAUUUCAGGUGAGACAAACAAUUCUGUGAUAUUUGGACGGACUUGGUGGUACUGGACUUUUCUUUCGGAUUUUAUUUGGGCUAGGGUAAGUGUAGUUGGGUUUAUGAGCUUUUAUAUUACGUGAUAUUGUUGGUGGCAUAUCGUCCUUACAGAGAGGGAAACAUGUGUCACAUUGUUAUAUACUGACACGGUGGGGGUGACACGCUGUCCUCAAGAUAGGUGGUAACAUAUGUCUCAUUUUUAUUGGUCUCUCUCUUUUAUUAGAUGAUGAUAAUCAAGAAAAGAUAAUGAGAUGAGCAACUUAAACACUCAACUUCUCAGCUCAUCCACGUACCAUAUUCCACGUCCAAUAUACACAAGAACACUUGUACACUCCUUAAUGAAUCUCCUAACAUUCUUACCCUUUCAGAAUUUUUAGUUACUUUGUUGUUAUAACUACUUUAUCUCCACUUCUCAUGAGACAUACACACUCAAAUCUCUCUCAUGAUCUAUGACUACAAUUCACAAAUCUCCACCUUACACCUUCACUUGUAUCCAAAUCCGGAUAUCUUCAUCGCUUAAUGAGAUUAGCUUCUUUAGUUUUUAGAAAUCCGAAGCAUAUGCAAUGCUUCCUUUAACUUGUAGACUUACAACCCUUUGUAAAUAUAUCUGUGGAAUUGAGCUAUAUAGCUAUCUUCAGUAUCUUAACCUCUGCCUUACAAAUAAGAGAUCUCUUCUAAAAUGCAACUUACAGCCACGUGUUUCAUCCCAUAAAAAAUACAGCAUUCUUUGACAAAGAAAUUGUGCUUUGAGAGUCAUAAUAAAUUUCCACUGUUUCAUGUCCAAACCUAAACUCCUCUGCAAACCCCUUCAAGCAUGCUUAUUCAUGUAUAGCUUCUGAUAAUGCAAUAUAUUCAGCCUCUGUUGUAGUAAAGGCAUCCAUCUUUUGUAAUGACGACUUCUAUCUAUUAGCAUUCUCAUUUGCAAUAUAAGUCAUACAUGUGAUAGAUCUUUUGCACAAACUCCCUUUCUUCUUGUAGCAUAACCUUAUUUCAAAUGAACCCUAAAUGUACCUCAAUAUCCACCUUAACAGCCUGCCAAUGCUCUUUCAUCGGUUAUCUCAUAAACCUACUAACAAGUCCCACAAGAUAAGCCAGAUCAGGACGUGUCCCGCCCAUUGAAUAUAUUAUACAACCCAAGACAUUUUGAUAUGGGACAUCCUUCAUGACUUCAUACUCCUCUUGAUACUGUCUGUCAGUUGGUGUCUUUAAUUUGAACUAAAGCUCACAUAAGAGUAGCUAUUGCUUUUGAUUGAUCCAUAUGAAAAUUACUCAAAAAUCUCCACAAGUAACUAUCAUGUGAUAUCCACAAACCACCAUUCACCCUAUCUUUCUCUGUUUCCAUACCCAAAAUCUUCUUUGCAUCUUGUAGAUCCUUCAUUUCAAUUUUUUUUUUCUUUUGUAGUAUAAUCUUCAUCUUUUUCACCUGAGCUUUUUCUUUAGACGCAAUCAGUAGUCAUCGACAUACAUAAGUAAAUAUACAUAUGCACCAAUCUCCACCUUCUUGUAACAAAAACAAUGAUCAUAUUCGCUUCUCACAUGUCCAUUGUCUAUAAUGAAGUCAUCAAAUCUCCUAUUCCACUAUUUAGGUGAUUGUUUAACCUAUACAAUGACCUUUUGAGCAAACAAAAUUUAUUUGGAUUCUUCUUAUCCACAAAUCCUUAUGGUUGCUCCAUCACUAUGUGCUCGUCCAAAUAUCCAUGGAAAAAGCUGUAUUUACGUCAAGCUAUUAUAGUUCCAUAUUGAAAUGUACUACUAUGUACAGUAAGUAUCUGAUGGAUACAUGUUUUACAACUGGUGCAAACAUCUUCUGAUAAUCUAUGCCCUUUUUCUGUGAAUAGCCUUUGGUUACAAGCCGUGCUUUAUAGCUCGGAGACUCUACUCUAACAAUUCCAGGUUUUCUUUUAAAGAUCUUUAUGCAAAAAAUCGCUUUUUGAUCCUUAGGUCUGUCAAUCAAACUCCAAGUGUGAUUUUUCUUCAGAGACGUCAUCUGUUUUUCUGCUGCAUCUGUUCAUUUAUCGUUGUUAAGAUCAUUCAUUGCCUCUUCAUAACUUUCAGGCUCUAUUCUCCAUUAUAUUUACUUCUCUUUCUAUUCAAUUCACGUUCAUUGAAGUUAUAUGUGCUUUGGACUGAUCCGGAGCUAUUUAAAAUUCGAUAUCAACUAAAUUUCUUGUGUUCUAUUUUCCUUUUCACACAAGCAAUAUUUUCGGUCAUAGAAGUUCCGAGUCAUGCUUGAGUUCUUUAAGGAGUGUCUUUCUAUUUUCUGCUUCCAUUUUUUUCUCUAGAAAACCCUAUAGAUGCGAGUCCUAUUAUUCAGCUCAAAACGUCAAUACCUAAGGCAAAGACUGUCUCUUUUUUUUUUUGUAAUGUUUCUUCAAUUGGAGGCCAUGGCUAUUCUUAAGCAAUUUUCUUGUGGUCUCUCCAAGAACAUCGGAUAAACAAGAUUCAGGGACAUGCACACCACCCUUUCUUGUCUUUAUAUGCAUCUUGUGUUAUCAUCUGAGAAUCAAAGUUCCAAAACAGAAAACCUACAAGACUGUUUGUUUUUCUCAAAUGUCGCAUCAACUUGACCCGGUAGCUGAGCUCGAAACCUUAAAAACACAUGUUCAUCAACCAGGAAGCCCUAGCUUCUCAACACUUCGCCAGCGUCAUCAUUGUAAAUCUCUUCAAGAAAUUAUCUGAUUUCACAAUAUAUUUGUUUUGUUGCUUCUCCCUAACUUAUUUUGAUGUUCUUUCAUACUUUUUUCCAGCUGGUGAAGCGUCUAAAUUGUCGCCUAUUGGCUCACCAAGAAAGGAAAAUGAGCAUCAUGGAGAACAUUCCCACCAUAAGAAAUCUUUGUUCUCAAAAAUGAAGGAUAAGGCAAAAAAGCUGCAGCACAGUCUCAGCGGCAAGAGGAGACAUGAUGAAGAAGGUGAUGCAACCAUGUCGCCACCAUUUGGCAGAUCCGCAGACCACCAAGUUAGAGAAGCAGGAGGUUUUGCCACACUCUCACCACGUGACAAUUCUAAAGACCAUAAAGUAAGAGAAGAAGGAGAAUUAGAAGAAGAAGAAGAAGAAGAUCCUGAAUAUCUCGGAGCCCCAAUGUAUGAAUCAAAGAAGGCACCUGAAGAGCUAAAGGCCACUGCGAGCCAGCAUCCCCGAGAAACUCCUGUGAUCACUGACACGAAUGUCUUGUCUGUUCUCCCAGCCAAUCACCACGCUGAACAACAAAAAGAUUGUACUGGUUCCAACAGAAUGAUGUCUGAGAAGAAUGUCUUGUCGAAUGUCAAGCAAGAGAAGAAAGGGAAAGAGUACACAAAAAAGGAACCAACUAGUCCAAGCAAGACAGUAGCAGAAACCGUAACAGAGACGCUAGCACCUGCUUAUGCCAAAGUCUCUGAAGCUACUCACGCUAUAACCAAGAAGAUUCAAGAUAUGGCUUUCCCGGAAACAACAGAUGCAGAGCCGGAGAUAAAAGAUGUUUCAGAAAUCAACACCGCAGGGACUAACCAGCCUGCUGGCUUCAACACUCAGGUAUGGGACAAAGGCGUGUCCAUGAAGGAAUACAUAAGCCAGAAGUUUACGCCUGGGGAAGACGAUAGAGAACUUUCUCGAGUGAUAUCUAAAGCUAUAAGCCCUCGCAAAGCUUCUUCCGAGGCUGGUACAUUUAAUGGAGCCACAAACAUGGUGCCUGCUUCAAACUCAUCAGACAACAAAGCUCCCAUUUUAGCCAACACAAAUGAGAUUGUUAAGGAAGAAAAUCAUGGGAAGAUGCUUCAACCAAACUAAAGAACAAAGUGGCUGUGUUAAAUCUGUAUUGGCAUCUAUUUGUUGUAUUAUGAGAUUGAAGAUACUAAUACAUCAUUUUUGUUUUGUUUUCAUUCAUUUAAUUGACCAUUAGUUUUAUUGAAAACAUUAUUUUGUUUUCUUGUA